AUGGCGGCUAAAUCGGACGGGGUCCUGAAGAUAAAGAAGAGCGAUGUGGCCUUUACCCCGCUGCAGAACUCGGAGCACUCCGGCUCGGUGCAGGGGCUCCACCCGGGAGCCCAGCCCGACUCUGCGGGCACCGGGGAUUUUGCGAACGGGGAGUCGCGGUGCUGCGGCGGGGGAGGCUCCAGUUCGACGUGUCUCCGCCUGGUGAGGGAGCAGCAGAGGUAUACAGUGUGGGACUGUCUGUGGAUAGUAGCCGCAGUUGCAGUGUAUCUGGCGGAUGUUGGCACCGAUGUGUGGCUGUCGGCGGACUACUACCUUCGCGGCGAAUACUGGUGGUUCGGCCUGACGCUCUUCUUCGUGGUGCUGGGCUCCUUCUCCGUGCAGCUCUUCAGCUUCAGAUGGUUCGUCCACGAUUUCAGCACCGAGGACGGCUCGGAGUCCUCCGUGGAUUGCUCCAACAUGGACGGGAACAAGCUGCUGAGCGGCUCCGCCUCACACGGGGAUGUGACCGCGCAGCACCACCCGGCCACGCCGCAGAGACAGGCGUCGACCGCCAGCAAGAACACCACCACCAACAGCACCAGCAGCACCGCAGCGGGCCGGGGCAGGAAGCGGCCGGCAUACUACUCCUUUUGCGUGUGGAGCACCCAGUCCUUCAUCCACAUCUUUCAGCUGGGUCAGAUAUGGAGGUAUUUUCACACCAUCUACCUGGGCGUUCGGAGUCGUCAGAGUUCCGAAACGGAGCACUGGCGCUACUACUGGAGGAUGGUGUAUGAGUUUGCAGAUGUGAGCAUGCUGCAUCUCUUGGCCACCUUUCUGGAGAGCGCUCCACAACUGGUGUUGCAGCUGUGCAUCAUUAUACAUAACUGUUUUUGUUCUGCACUUCUCCCAGGGAUGACAGCUGCAGCCUCCCUGGUCUCUCUGGCCUGGGCCCUGGCCUCCUACCAGAAGGCCCUACGAGAUUCUCGGGACGACAAAAAGCCCAUCAGCUACCUGGCUGUCAUCAUCCAGUUCUGCUGGCACUUCUUCACCAUCGCUGCCAGGGUCAUCACCUUCGCCCUGUUCGCCUCUGUGUUUCAACUCUACUUCGGCAUCUUCAUCGUGCUGCACUGGUGCAUCAUGACCUUCUGGAUUGUCCACUGCGAGACAGACUUCUGCAUCAGCAAGUGGGAGGAAAUUGUGUUUGACAUGGUGGUGGGCAUUAUCUACAUCUUCUCCUGGUUCAACGUCAAGGAGGGUCGGACAAGGUGUCGGCUUUUCAUAUACUACCUGGUGAUUCUGGUGGAGAAUGCUGCUCUCAGUGCGUUGUGGUACCUCUACCGGUCGCCUUACACCACUGACGCCUUCGCAGUGCCAGCACUCUGCGUCAUCUUCAGCAGUUUCCUCACCGGAGUGGUUUUCAUGCUCAUGUACUAUGCCUUUUUCCAUCCCAACGGGCCUCGCUUUGGCCGCUCACCGAGUGGCCAGGCACUGGACCUGGACCCCACUGCUCAGUUCUCCACUCUACCCUCUGAAGGUGCCACCAACUCGCUACGUUCCAACCGGGGUGCCACCACAACUCUGGAGCGCGACAUGGGGAAGUAUUCCGAGCGGGACGGCUGCAUGCCAGUUUUUCAGGUCCGACCCACAGUGCCAUCCACGCCAUCGUCCCGUGCUCCGCGCCUCGAUGAGACCGUCAUUAAGAUCGACCUUUGCAGGAACCGCUACCCUGCGUGGGAGCGCCAUGUCCUCGACCGCAGUAUACGCAGGGCGAUCCUGGCCAUAGACUCCUCGCCCACUCCUCCGCGGCUGCAGUACAAAGAUGACGCUCUGGUGCAGGAGCGUUUGGAAUAUGAGACCACGUUGUAG